AUGGACGCCCACAUGGACGACGGGAGCGGCGCUCCCAACAACAGUAAGACCAGCAACACCGACAACAGCACCAGCACCAGCAGCCUCGCCAACCAAAUGCCGCUUCCCAACCCGCCCGAGGCUAGCAACUCCGCUCCCAUCAGCAGCAUCACAACGGCCAACAGCAACGGCGACUCCGCCAGCGACCACUCGUCGUCUCAAAUUCAGCGCAACAACUCCCAGCGGAGCCGAUCUCAAGCCGGCACCUCCAUUAGCGACGAUGCCGCCGAUCCCGCCGCCGUGUCCGACGCAGAGAGCAAUGUCGACGAGAGCACCAACGGCAAGUCCGGCCGCAAAAAGAAGUCCCAGCGCUUCUACUGCACCGAGUUUCCGCCGUGCAACCUCAGCUUCACACGCAGCGAGCAUCUCGCACGACACAUUCGUAAACACACGGGCGAGCGCCCCUUUGAGUGCCACUGCCUGCGCCGCUUCUCCCGCCUCGACAACCUCCGCCAACACGCCCAGACCGUGCACAUGCACGAGGACAUUCCCAUGGGCUCUCUGGCUGCCUCGGGCACGCGUUUCCAGCGACAAAUCCGCCCCGAACGCACGCGCAUGACCACGCCCGGCGUCCGCGCCCGCGCUGGCAGCAUCAGCGGUCCGGCGCGGGGCCACUCCAAGUCUUUCUCCACGUCCAACAUCGCGCUCGGCCCGAGCUCUUUCAUGGCCCGUGAAGAAUACCGCGAACCGCAUGACAUGCGUGACAUGCGUGACAUGCGCCCGCGCCCGCCUCCCAUCGCCACGCACGAUCCCCGCGACCCUCGUGCCCGGGCACAUAUGGACCUGAAUGCCGGAGCCAGCGCCUACCACAACAAUGCAGACGGCUACCGUCCCAUCACACCCCCCGAGAUGACCACGCCGACAUCGACCACCUUCUCCAACGGCCCAGCCAGCCCACAGUGGCCCAGCAAUCGCAUGGUCUCCCCGUCACCUUACAGCAGCCGCCCCCACAGCAUGUAUGCCUCGACGGAGACGCCCACCCGCCGCCUUAGCGAGAGCCUCCACUUCCAGUCGCCGACCGGCCCUUCUGCUGCUAGACACAUGUACUCAACGAGCCUCUCCAGCACCGGCGGCCCCGUCUUCUCGUCUCCCGACCGUGCCCACCAAAACGGCCGCCCCGUCUCGCCCGACAACUCGACUAUCUCUGCUUGGUCUCGUCGUGAGUCGUUUUCGUCCAACACCGACGAGCGCCGCCGCACGUGGCACCCCAGCUCGCGGGACUUUGGCGGCCCUGCCAGCGCCCGCAACGGCAUUCCUGGCGCUGGCUCUGGUCCCACCACGUCCGUGUCCGCGGGCAACGUCGCUGGCCACCACCAGCCUGGUGGCGUCGAGCAGCCACCUCAGUUGGCCGUGCCGAACGCGGCAAGUGCGAGCCAGCAGUCUGCGAGCGGUUUCCGGCUGCCCGGAAUCGACUCGUUCCUGAAUUUGCCCACGCCGCGUCCUGCGUCGCCCAUCCGCAGAGGGCCGUCGCCCAUGAUGGUUGACAGUGAGCAACGCUACGCCCCGUCUGGCCCACCGACGUCGAUUCUUCGUUCGCCCGCGGAACAACACGCACACGCCGGCCGUCCAUCGUCGGGCCACUGGGAGUCUGGUCUGCAACAUGGCCUGACCCGGCUUGAUAUCGCCUCCCGGACACCGCCGCAAGACAGCGCUCGCGACUGGGCCCACCAGCAGCAACAGCAACAGCAACAGCAUCAGCAUCAGCAUCAGCGAUACCCCAGUGAGGACCCUGUGCGCCGCGGUCCGCCGUACCAGCAGUCUGUCCGCUUUGAGGCCGAGGUUCCUCGCGAUGACCCCUUCGCGCCUAGUGGUAACAGAGACCUCGGCUACACCCCUCGUGGUCACCAGCACACCAUGUCCGCGCCGGCGUUUAACGGCCCAACCUCGCGCCAGCAGAAGCGCCAGGCCUUAUACUUGGGCCCUGGUGGUGCCGCGGCGAACGGCGGUGUCAAUGGCCGCGUCGAGCGCAUGGUGCAUCCUAACUUGGCAAACGGCUUUACCGGUUUCCCCGCGCGCGGUGUGCCCCAGACCGUCCAGGAGCACCCACCGCACGCUCAAGACGAGGAGGCAGCUUACCGCCUGGAACAGGAGCGUCAUCUGCCUCAGCCGCACCUGGCCCAGACCACUAGCCGCCAGCCGCUGCCAUCGCAGCCCCAGCAGCCGGUGCCGUUGGGAGCCCCAGCAAGCGACUCGUACCGCCGUCUAGAUGCUCUUGUCGCCGUGGCUACCAAUGAAGCCCAGACAUCGACGCGGGCCUUUUAG